AUGUACGUUCUUUCCUUUUACCUCCAAGAGAUUGAUUCAGCAGCAGGAAACCUUCCAGUCGCCCACAGACCAGACCAGGGUCACCAGGGGGCGGAGCCAGUCCCCGGGUCAGGGUCACCAGGGGGCGGAGCCAGUCCCGGGUCAGGGUCACCAGGGGGCGGAGCCAGUCCCGGGUCAGGGUCACCAGGGGGCGGAGCCAGUCCCGGGUCAGGGUCACUGGGGCGGAGCCAGUCCCGGGUCAGGGUCACUGGGGGCGGAGCCAGUCCCGGGUCAGGGUCACCAGGGGGCGGAGCCAGUCCCGGGUCAGGGUCACCAGGGGGCGGAGCCAGUCCCGGGUCAGGGUCACCAGGGGGCGGAGCCAGUCCCGGGUCAGGGUCACUGGGGCGGAGCCAGUCCCGGGUCAGGGUCACCAGGGGGCGGAGCCAGUCCCGGGUCAGGGUGGCUGCGGUGGCGUCCUGGUGGAGGAGCAGGCUGAUGGAGAGCGACUGUCGGAUCCCCGUGGCCUGCUGUCGACCCCGAGUCCUCGUCCUCCACGCUCUCUUCUGGGGCCUCGUGUCCCUCAGGGUGUUUGGCGCCGCUCUGCUGAGUGAGGAGAAAUCCUCGGUGGCGGUGAAGCCGGCGGCGGCGCCCUGCUGGCUGCUGGAGGACUUCGUGGUGACGGCCGAGUGUUCGCAGUGUAACGCCUUCCAGACGAGGUCGUGGUCGUCCUGCGGCGCCACGGGAUACGUGGAGCGAGUCAACUGCACCCGGACCAACAAGGACGAGUACAAGAGCUGUCGCUCGUCCGUGAUGGAGGAACAUCUCUUCUGGAAGUUCGAGGCGGCCAUGUUGGCUCUGACGGCGGUCUUCGGCGUUCUGGUCGUCGUCCGUCAGCGAUGGCUCGACCGCCUCGCCUCCGAGAAGGUCCGCCGCCAGAUCGAGUCCAUCUAGGAGGAGACACGAGGCCUGGACCAGGACCAGGACUGCUGCUGGACCAGGACCAGGACUGCUGCUGGACCAGGACCAGGACCGCUGCUGGACCAGGACCGAGUGGAUUUUAUCCUGCAGCAGUUUUUAACAGCUGGACUCUGAGAUCCUUUAGGGAUCAGGACUAAAGAAAAACCUGAACUCUGUUUCU